GUGUCUCUUCCUCACUGACAGGGACUACAGACAUACUCACUUCCGGUUCCGCCACGCCGUCGCCGUCGCCUUCGCGGCGCAUUCUGGAGCCUGUAGUUUCCAUCGCGCGUUUAUGUUUCCUAAAGCAUGAGCGCGGCGGUUCAUACACUGCAGUGUAACAACUACCAGAGGAGUCCUGUUGUGUUCCCUGUUUCUCAGUCUCGUGGCCUAGGCUGGAUGUGUCUGGAUCGUUGUUCAGUGAAGAAAACUCGCCUGUUUCACUUGCUGUUAAGUAACCACGAAAGUGAACUCCUGAUUUGGUCCAGAGAAACGGAAACGUGGUCCUUGAAUCCCUCUCCCUUCCACCAAUUCCUUAAAUAUGCUCUAGGAGUGAGAUUUUUUGUUUGUUUGUUUUUAGUGCUUUUCUUACUAACUGGUGUCGACCAUACUGCAAAAUGACUUUUUGUUUUACUCGUGUUCGAGGCUUUCCUAAGCUUUGGAAGAACAACUCACAUCGCAUACUAGGCCCAGGACAAUCUUACCUACUUCUCUUUCUCAAAGACUGUGGCAUCAGUUACCAAACUAAGUGGUUUACUCUUCAAGUAGUAUCUCCACAAAGUAAUAAGCCAGUGAAUCUGCCGAUUGCCAAGGCCAGUUCUCUUAGGAAAGUUGAGGGCUAUAAUAGUAAACAAAAUUCUUCGGGUUCUCAUUAUUUUGCAGCCGGAUCAGCUCAGAAAAGAUCACAGAGGAAUCCUCCAAGUAAAGACCAUGUCUUGCCUUCUGUGAAAAAGAAGACUCUUAAAGUCUUCAAGACUAUUCAAGUCCCACUAAAACCUUUGGAUUCAAAAGGGUGGGAUAAACUUAAGGAAGAUUUCACAGGAAGGGCUACUUUUGAAAGUUGUAUCAUUUCAGAAAUGGCUAGAUGUGGUAGCUCUUUAGAUGUGGCCAAGUCUCUGCUGGCCUGGGUAGCUGCAAAAAACAAUGGUAUUGUAAGCUAUGAUUUACUGGUCAGGUAUUUGUAUCUCUGUGUCUUUCACAAGCAGACAUCAGAAGUCAUUGAUGUAUAUGAAAUUAUGAAAUCCAGAUACAAGUGCUUAGAAACUGAAGCAAGUACUCUUCUCAUCCAGGGAUUAAGUUGUUCAGACAGAUGGAGAGAUACCUUGCUGCUGUUAGAAGACAUCAAAAAAGUCCGGGUCCCUUCAAAAAGGAACUAUAACGACUGUAUCCAUGGAGCCCUAAUUCAUCAAGACUCAAACUUGGCUUGGGAUUUGUAUCAGGAACUGAUAAGUCAUGAUAUAAUUCCUAAGCUAGAAACUUUAAAAACCUUCUUUGAUUUUGCAAAAGACAUAAAAGAUGAACAGUAUUCAAACAAACUACUAGACAUUCUUCUGUAUUUAAGAAAUAAUCAGCUAUAUCCAGGGGAAUCAUUUGCACACAGUAUCAAAACAUGGUUUGAGAGUCUCCCUGGAGAACAGUGGAAAGGGCAAUUCACCACAGUCCACAAAAGUGGUCAAUGUUUGGGCUGUGGUAAAGCCAUAGAAUCUAUUCAUCUGAGUCCGGAAGAGUACGAGUAUCUCAAGGAAAAAGUCUUGAGGGAUGUGAUUGAUGGAGGUGACCAGUACAGAAAGACGACACCUGAGGAACUCAAGAGAUUUAAGAACUUUGUGAACUUCUGUCCCCCUUUUGAUAUAGUCAUUGAUGGACUCAAUGUGGCCAAGAUGUUUCCUCAGAUUCGUGACUCUGAACUUCUCUUGGAGGUUGUUUCUCAGCUGGCAAAGCAGAACCUGCGGCUCCUGGUCCUGGGUCGAAAGCAUAUGCUCCGGUGGAAAAAGCAGGAGAUAGAAAUGGUGCAAAAGCUAGCCAGAUGUUUCUUUACUGACAACAUCUCAGAGGAUGACCCCUUCCUCCUGUAUGCAACACUGCACUCCGGGAACCAGUGCAAGUUCAUCACACAUGAUCUGUUGCGGGACCACAAGGCCUGCCUGCCGGAUGCCAGGAGUCAGCGCCUCUUCUUUAAGUGGCAGCAGGGACAUCAGCUGGCAAUUACUAAAGUAGUCCGAGGAGCAAGAUUAACCUUCCAGCCUUCUCUCAACCAUGACACCGUGGUGCAAACAACUGGAGACUCAUGGCAUAUACCGUACGAUGAGGACCCGGUGAAACGAUCUUCCUUUGAAGUGCCAACCAAGUGGCUUUGCCUUCACAGAAAGACAUAAAGACUCUAGCCCUUGGGGGCUAGGCGAUGGUCCACCUAGUUAAGAGUACAUAGUUCUAAGCAUAAGGACCCACUCAAGGAUCUGGUUCGAGCUCCCGGCUCCCCACCUGCAGGAGGGACACUUCAUAAGCUGUGAAGCAGGUUUGCAAGUGUCUACCUUUCUCUCUCCUCUAUCUCUGAUUCCUCUUUCAAUUUCUCUCUGUCCUAUCCAGUUAAAAUGGGGGAUGGCCACCAGGAGCAGUGGAUUCAUAGUGCUGGCACCAAGCCCCAGCGAUAAUCCUGGAAGCAAAAACAACUCAAAUCCUCAGCCUAAAUUUGUGUGGGGAUGCCCUUCUGGUUGACAUCUAGACUUUCAAGUCAGUGCUUACUUAGAGCACUGCUUCUGUUCUGUUUGAUCCAAUUGGUUUGUAUAUCAAUAAAUUAAUUUUUAAUUAA